CCAAGGUUAAAGCGUUAUGCGUCGAUGGUGGGAAAAGAGCACCAUACAGGUUUUUUUUUUGGACAGCACUGGAUCGUAUAUCAGUCACGUUUUUAUUUUCGGGAUUUGUGCGCCCAAUCUUGAGGUUGCUGAUUAGCUUCAAAAAUUGAACCUUCAAAAACUUCCGAAAUCAAAACUUCAAAUUUCGGACCCUUUCCCUUCAGGCCUUCACCCUUUUAGUUAUUUCUCAAGUCUCGUGUCGUAACUCAUAAAUUUUUCUUUAACUCGAAACGUGCUAGCAGUUACUUUAUAUGCUUUAUGUUGAAAAAUUCUACCAUUCAUCAUAUUUUCCCGCUCACAUCACAUCGCCAUCGUUUUCUUGUUUGAAAACUCAUUGGAUAUUGCUGAAUCGGUUUGAGUUGAGACAAGAAAUGGAUCUUAUUGUUGGGUAUUUAUCUGCUGAUCCCAGUAUUAAAGGGAUUUGUCUGCAGGAUUAUCAGAAUAAAGAAGAAUAUGUUUUCACUGCAUUCAUAAAACUUGCUUGCUCUGCAUUCAAUGAUCUUCUGAAACAAAACAAUGAAACGAAAGUAGAAAAUCAAGGUUUAACAGAAGAGGUGAAGAAAGAAAAGAAACAAUGCUUAAAAUUGACCAAAGAAUUGGAUGCCUUGAAGACAAAACCAAAAGAAAAUUCGAAGUGCAAAAAGUGCAUCACUUAUGAGGAGGACCGCUUUGAGUUUGAACAAAAAUAUAUGAAAAUGGAAAAGCAAUUCAAGAAAUGUGCAUUCAUUAUAAAUUCUUCUUUGGAUGGAGAUAACAAAGUCUUGGGACGGGUUCGGGAUAUAGUCUCUCAAUCAGUAAUUGAAAGUAACAAUUCUCAAGAUUGUAAUAAGGUUAGUUCACCAGAAGAAAGACUAGAACUGCAGAAACAACUUUCAAACAGUUCAUUUCCUAUUGAAAUGGAUGAUGAUGAUACAAGCAUUCUUGCUCCGUCAUCUCCUGAAGGAAGUGAUAUGGAAACACAGCAUUUUGGUGGCCCUGGAGAAGAUAUUGUUCUCUGCAUUCCUGAGACAGUACCAUUCGAUUAUCCUCAAAUAAAGAGCAAUACUCAAAAGUUCUUUAAGUCCCAACACGUUGCCCCAAGCCCCAUUAUAAAGAGUAGAAAAUCUCCCACUAAACUUUCUACGAAGUGCUUUUCCCCUAUCAAAAACAAAACAGUUACGCCUCAGAAGCAAUCCCAAGAAGAUUCUGCAUCUCUUUUGGACCAAUCCAUUUAUAGCCCGCCUAUUCUGACGGAUUUCGGCUUUCCGUCUCGUCCGUCUGCAGCGCUCAAUCAAGGCAAACCAACUGCUCAAGAAUUGUGCUUACCUUUAAAGACUGAAGCUCUUCGUCCGUCAGUGUCUAAAACGAGACAUUCCGAAAACAGUAAUCCUCAGGAGAUGCUGAAGAAACCUGGCCAUCGCUCUUUAGCGGAGAAACAGACACCAAUCAGCAAAGGAAACAAAUUGCUCAAACAGACAAAGUUAACGUUGACUAGGUUGCCUAACGAUACGGCCUCCGCUAAUGGCGCUAAAAUUCGAAUGCCAACCAAAACAGUCAGGAUCAGUCCACCUAGGGAUAAUCAGGAACCAAAGAAAAGGCGCAGAGGAAAAGGACCUGAAGAGUGGACUUGCAAGGAUUGCUAUCAAUUAUUUCUUGGAGCUGUGGAAGCCAAAAAGGUUGACGUUCGCAAAAUGCCCGUUUCAAUGAACUUUUGCGCUGUUCAUAGAAACCGUUAUACGUAUUAUCUGAACACCCCGCCAAACUUCUGGGAUUGCGGGAUAGGUAAGCCUCCGCGCAACGGACAUCUUUAUCCGCUCGACGCUUCUGCGACAAACGAUGACGACGAAGAGGAAGACUUCUUAAAAUGAUCAUCAAAUCUUGUGAUCCUUCUUUAUUUCCAGUUCUCAAGUAGGAGACUAUUUUUUUUUCUUUCCCUAGUGCCUUAACUGAUAACAUUCAUGAUCAUUUAUUAGAAAUAUAUUUUUCUGUUCAUUCUACCAA